AUGAUCUCGUGUGCUGAGCAGCACCGGCAGGGAGAGGCCGACAGAGGCCCGGCUCCGGCGGCUCCAGCGUCCCUCCUGCUCUCUCCCCGGGGCUGCUCUGGAAUUCUCUCUGUGCUCGCUGUUGCCAUGCACUCAGCUGGGCCUCACGGGGCCCAGUCCCCGAGGAGCAAGCAGGAAGAUAAGGAUGCUGAGCUGGACCGGAGGAUAGUUGCCCUUCGCAAGAAGAACCAGGCCUUACUACGCAGGUACCAGGAGAUCCAGGAAGACCGUCGGCAGGCAGAGCAGGGGGGCAUGGCUGUGACCCCGCCAGAGCUCCUCAGACCUGAUGGCCUCACAGUCACCAUCAGCCAGGCUCCCGGGGGGAAGCGGGUGGUCAGCCAGAACUGGGUAAGGAGCACCCUUGGACCUGGAGCAGCCAAUGAGAUACUGGAGAAUGAGGAGGUAGAGGACCUCACUGGUACUUUCUGCCUGGAGGAGCGGGUGGAGCUGGCGGUGACCAUGGAAAACAAAGCCGAGGCCAAGCGGAUUGUAAGUGAGAAGCCCACAAAAGCAAGGAACCAGGGGGCAGAAGGGUCAUCUGGAGAGGGCUUGGGCCGGAGCCCCUCCAGGCAGAAGGUCAUCAACAUGGAUUCUGCACGGAAGGGUGCUUGGGAAGCGCGGAGUGCAGGCCUGGUCCCAGGCCCAGCUCCCCACCGGCCAGUGUGUGGGCCCCUGGACGCGGGCUGGGACUAUGCCCAGUGGAAGCAGGAGCGGGAACAGAUAGACCUGGCCCGCCUCGCCCGGCACAGAGACGCACAGGGUGACUGGCGCCGCCCGUGGGACCUGGACAAGGCCAAGCCCACGCUACAGGACCUCGGCAAGCCUCGGGAAGAGGGCCAGGGCAGGGCGGGUAGCACCAGGGGUCCCAGGAGCCCCCGGAAGCCACAGCCCCCACCAUUGCCGCCUGAUGGCAAAGGUGGUACUAUUCGGGGUGGGCAACCUAGCCGACCCUUGGUGACACCAGCCACACGCAGCAAAGCCCGGGGGACAGAACGGCUGACUGGCAGAGCCCGCAGGUGGGAAGACAGCUGCAGGACAAAGGAAGACAAGCAGGAGGUAGAGAACCAGGAGGGACGUCAAAGCACCAGCAAGACUCUGAAUGGGAAGGAACAUGCACAGACGCAGAGCAGGAUGGAGCAGGGCAGACCCCCGAGUGCCCCGGCAACCCCAGAGGGGCCACAAGCGGGUUCAGGAGCUUCAACAGCCAGUUCGGUCCCUGGCUCUCUGCAAAACAUGGACUUGGUUCCCCUUGACCUCUCUCUAGGAGGCCCCAGCGGCCCUGGGCCUGAGAAGAGCGUGUGUGUUCUCAGUCCAGGGCCUGGGGCCCAGGACAGCCCUGUGUCCUGGCCGGAUGGCUCGGAGCAGCCCUUGGGGUGGAACAAUCCCCAGGCUGAGCCAGAAGUCCAGACUUGCUCUGAGCCACUAAGAGGAGCAGGGCCCCUAGAGCCCAGAGAAGACAGGUCUGGCAAGGCUGGGCCCCAGCAAGGCCUGGCACCGCGAAGCAGGCCCCCCAGAGGAACCGGCCACAGGGCAAGGGGCACAGGAGGUGUGAGGAGCAGGACAGGGUGCCCUGGCCCCACAGGGAGACGCUGAGCAGGGGGAGCAGGCUGGGGACAGGUGGAGGGAGGACACAGUCAAGAGCCUUCUUUAUGGUGGGCGUCUGCUUGCUGGUAGCAAACAGUCUGGCUGAGCAGUUUGGCAAACUCUGGCACAGUGACACUUGAGGGCAGAGAGCUGUCCUUCCCUGCACCUCCCGUGCAUAUCCCUGUGCACGUGUGUUUUCACCAGCGGGUACAGCCCCUGGUGUAUUCCUGUGCCACAACUGGUCUCUGAGGCUGGUGAGCCCUGUCCUGGGCCCAUGGCUGCCUAGGUCACAAACUUCCCCUCAGGGGGAAAGAGCAAGGCUAGAAGCACUUAGCACUUGGAUGGCCUGGCCUCCCUCUCCAGGGGCCAGCUGCCAGCAUCUCAGGUGCAGGCGGCCUCAGCAGCUGGCACAGCCAGCCCAGGCCCGGGCCCUUUCCCACGCCUCUGCCUUGCACCCAGGUGGCUCAAAGGGUGGCCAGAGCAGGGCAAUCUCACCAAUUAGUUAGAAGCCUCCUGCCUUUCUAGAAGAGGAGGCUGAGGCCCAGAGAAAGGCAGCUCACAGCCGGCAGGGGCUGCACUGGGGAUGGAAGAGCAGAGCUCAAGUCUCCUUUGCAAAAGGGAGGAUUCCCGGAAAGUCUUCCUCUCUGUAAUGGGGUGAGGUUGGGCGGGAAGUGGACAGUCUCCUCUCCUCACAGCAUGGGGGGUGGCGGGGAGCUUACCACCAGGAACCCCCUCCCCUACACUCAGAUCAGACAUGCGUGUACCCUGAAUAGGGGUCAGGGCGCAGCCCUGCAGCCCAGGGUCAUUUCCUGCCAUCUCCUACUUCCUGCCCCCACCACCUCCUACACCAUGGUCAGGCAAAAGCAAGGACUCAGAGAGGACAAACGGCGACUCCAGCUAAGUAUGACAUUAGGACUUGUCUUUCCUACUUAAGUCUCCAUUACUGCCCCUCCCCUGAGGCCCACGUCUGGUGAAUUAUCCAGACUCUGCACAAGCUGUGGCUUCCUCUCAAUUCAACAAACAUUUCCUGAGCACACAACACCAGCAACGUAGCCAGUGGGCGAUGGAGACUUUGCCAGCAAGAGGGAGGGAAGAAACCUAAUCAUCCGGCAGAUCCAGGCUGCACAGCAAACUGUUUUUGGCUGUAGGUGCCCGACAGAGGCUGGCGAUGGUGGUAGGAGCCCAAAGGGAGCCAUCCCGCCUCUGCUCGCAAAGGCAGGACCCCUCCCUUUCUCAUCAUGUGUACCCUUUGCCCCCAACCUCUUGCCUGGAUCUCCUCUUGCUUGGUCCCCUCUGCUCCCCUCCUCUCUGGUCCUGUCACGGUUGUUCCUCUCUGCUGCAGGUCCCAGAUCUCACCAGCACCCCUAGGUUCUCUAGGGAUCGUCCAGAUCAUCCCCAGGAUUUCUCCACUGGCAAAGUGAGGCCGUCACCAUGGGGCUGCAGCCUGGCCUUCCUCACUGGCUCUUGUUCAUUCUCUGCCCUUCUAUUCAGGAAGCAUGAGGAGGGAAUCAGAUUAUUUAGAGCAAUGCUUCUCACAUAUGAAGGUGCAGAGUAAUGCAGAUUUGAAUGUAGUAGGUCUUGGGUGGGCCUGGGAGUUUGCAUGUCUAAUGCAUCUCCCGGUGCCGCCUAUGCUGCUGAUAACCACACUUUGAGUAAUAAGGGUGUGGACUGGCAAGU